AUGACAGCCCGCCUCCAAUCCCUCAGCAGCCUAACCCGCGCCUUAAGAUCCAAAAGCCCGCGCUUAGUAUCCACCCAAUCUCAUCUAUAUCAGCCUUCGGUCCGCGCAUUCACCUCCACAGUACCCAAACCAUCCCCUGCAGUCAUGCCCAACACUCUCAUCGAGCUGGCCAAGAACCGGCGCACAAUCUACCAGCUCGGCAAGGAGAGUCCAGUCCCUGACUCCAAGAUCGAAGAGCUGGUCAAUGCCGCUAUCCUGCAUGUUCCUAGCGCGUUCAACACCCAGUCCACGAGGCUGAUCGUGCUUCUGCACGAUCAGCAUGAGCGGAUGUGGGAUAUUACCAUUGAGGCUUUCGAGGAGCUUGUCAAGGCUGGUAAGAUCCCGACGGAGUUGUGGAAGAAGCAGACGUUGCCGAAGUUGCUUGGAAUGAAGGGAGCGUAUGGCACGAUCCUUUUCUAUGAAGACCCGGCGCAUAUCAAGCCCAUGCAGGAGAAGCUCGCUACCUACAAGGAUAACUUCCAACCGUGGGCCGAGCAUAGUAAUGCUAUGCACCAGUACUUCCUCUGGACGGGUCUUGAAGCCCUCGGCUUCGGUGCCAACUUGCAGCACUACAGCCCGCUCAUCGACGCUGGUGUUGCCAAGCAAUGGGAUGUGCCUAGUGAUUGGCGCCUUAUUGCGCAGUUGGUCUUUGGAAGUCCCGAGGCUGCUGCUGGAGAGAAGGAACAGAAGCCUGUUGAGGAGAGGGUUAAGUUCUUUGGAAAGUUGUAG